UCUUCACUUUCCUGCUUUCCCAGCUCCACAAAGGCUGUCUAAACAAAAAGAGAAGAUAACAGGCACUUUUCACUGUUCCUGACAACUCCUCUCCUUUCCUGCACUUCUAAAACCUCUGAUUUGUGCCCUCUGCUUUCUUGCUGCCAUGGAGAAGGUCCAAUACAUAACCCGCUCUGCUCUGAGGAGAGCCUCAACUAUUGAGGUCAACCCACAAGCACGCCAAAGGCUCCAGGAGCUCUUUGUGAAUUUCUGCCUGAUCUUAAUUUGCCUCUUGCUGAUCUGUAUCAUUGUGAUGCUCCUCUGAAGUUCCAGCACUUCUCUGCACUGUUCUCUAGGAAAGCCGCCCAAAGGGAAGAGCGACCUCCACUUCCAACCCCAAUGCAAGGAUCCCCUUGGGAGAGGGGCUAGCACUUGGACUAAGGCUGUGCUGUGUGCCAGCCAUCGCGCUGCUCUUACUGCCUGCCACAUGUAUUAAAAACACACUUCUGUGCUGAA